CAGACAGACGGACACAAUAUUUUUCUGGACGACGGGAGGUGAUGGUGGUGUGCUGUCGGUGCUGCAAGCUUCUUUUCCGGAACGGACACUUGGCAACCUGGUGUGGUUUUUAGGUGCACUCGGUGUCAAGAGUAGCAUCCAACCUCACUGCGCACGGAUUUCAGUGACUGAUUUCUGCCUUGCAUCCGCAUUGGGGGAUUAUGGGUCACACUGCCUAAGCUUGUUAUUUGAUGCGUUUGAUGUAUGAUCAUUACACCAUGGUUUUUCCUGAUUUAUCAAACAUAUGUACUGACAGAAGAACAUCUCAUUCCUGGCAGCUGCCUGCAUUGCCUACCUGUGUCCGUCUCACAUCUUUGUUUGCAAGCUUGUAGAUUAUUAUUAUUAUUAUUUUUUUGCAAAGCAUCAGUAUCACCCCAGAAAUGCCUCUCCAAUGCUUGCUGCAGACAUCCCGCCAGCCGUCUUAAAAAGAACCGUCAGGAUCGCGGGGUGAAGCGACAUGGAUAGUGGGAGCCGGGCUGUGACGGUCGGAGACGGUGCAGCCAAUUUCACAACAGCAGCCCACCUCUGGCUGGAUCUGCUGAACGCCUCGAGCCCGCCGGCGCGGUGGGACAGCGGCGGACCUGCCGAGGUGACCGGGCUGGAUGAGCCGCAGCGCCUCAUCCGAGAGCAAGCCUACCGGGACUUCACCACCACCAUCCAGGUGUUCAUCCUCAUAGGUUCGCUACUCGGAAAUGCCACGGUGCUGUGGUGCACCUGCUGCACGAACGUCUUCAAAACGGUGACCAACCGAUUCCUCAAGAACCUGGCGUGCUCGGGGAUUUGCGCCGGCCUGGUGUGCGUUCCCUUCGACGUGGCGCUCGGCGCCAGCCCUCGCUGCUGCUGGUGGCUUCACACUCUGCUGCUCUGCAAGGCCAUCAAGUUCCUCCACAAGCUCUUCUGCUCCGUCACUGUGCUCAGUUUCAGUGCCAUCGCACUCGACAGAUAUUACUCCGUGCUGUUCCCGUUAGAGAAGAAGAUCUCAGAUGCAAGAUCCCGGGAUCUGGUCAUCUACAUCUGGGUCCACGCGACGGUGGCGAGCCUCCCCGUGUUCGCUGUGACCAAUGUGACGGAUGUGUACGUCACCUCGUCCUGCUCCGACGACCACGCCCGCUCCCUGGGCCACAUGGUGUACGUGUUGAUCUACAACGUCACCACGGUGAUCCUCCCUCUCGCCAUGGUGUUCCUCUUCAUGCUGCUGAUUCGCAGAGCGCUCAGCACCAGCCAGAAGAAGAAGGUGAUAAUCGCGGCGCUGCGUACUCCCCAGAACAGCAUCUCCAUCCCGUAUGUGUCCCAGAGAGAAGCUGAGCUACACGCCACUCUGCUGGCGGUGGUGCUGGCUUUCUCAGCCUGCAGCGCCCCCUAUGGGGCUUUGGUGGUCUAUCGUACCAUUUUGGCGGACACCAAAGACCUUCCCGUCUCACUGUAUCUGACAGCCCUCUGGCUACCCAAGGUGUCCCUGCUCACCAACCCACUUUUGUUUCUGACUGUUAACCGCACAGCGCGUCACAGCUGGCUGGACCUGCUGGCCAGGAUUCACAGACGUUACAGCCGACGCAACGUGGUCAGCACCGGGGGUCUGGUCUCUUUAGGAGCAGAGGGUGUGAUCGGGGAGCCGGUGGGACUGGAGACAGCCGGCCGCUCCGGGAGCCAGCUUCUGGAGAUGUUCAACAUCGGCCAGCAGCAGAUCUACAGGCCCUCCGAGGAAGAAGAGGAUGUAGAGAACGAGAUCCCUUCUCAAGGAUCAGGAGGCUGCUCGGGGCCUAAAGACGACCACAAGGGUGGGUCGAGACUGGGGAGCUUUAGAGGAGAGGUGAUCACCAAAAAGGACCCGUUGCAGGGGACAGGGGGGCUGGUCAUCACCAAGGAAGGACCUCCUUCAAUCACAGCCCCCCGGGCCUCUCCGGUCCACUCAUGUGCUUACGCCUCUUCAUCCCAGGUGGCACCAGCUACACCCACAGAAGCUGAGGACUCCCCACAGUUUGGUUUCGGACCCUUCGAGUUGCCGCCUCAGUGGUUACCAGAGACAAGGAACAGCAAGAAGAGGCUGCUGCCUCCGCUGGGGAACACGCCCGAGGAGCUCAUCCAGACCAAACUUCCCAGGCCGCGGCCUGAACGGAGAAUCAGCAGGAACAACAAGGUCAGCACCAUCCCCACCGUGGACCUGUGAACUCUCCCUGCUGGCCUCUGAUCCGCUGGACACAAGUCAUGUACGCGGGAGGCCUCCUGGGCCGGCCAGGACUUGACAGGAAGUUGAUGUGUCAAGCUGCUCGGUGAGAUGCUUGUCUUUGUUUUUGUUAAUUUAAACUCAGACGCAGUAGUAGGCAUUGUAGAAGUCCAGGUUUUCAAUUUUACUGCUGCGGUUUUCCUAUUAGGCGGGAAUCAAUUUGAUUUAAAACAUUUACAACGCUGGGAGAACUUCGCUACGACUCGGACAAAUCAAAUGACUUCAUUAUGGAUUUCUACAACGAUUUCUGCACAAUUAUUGAGAAGGCAGAAUGUCCCUGUGUUGAUUAGAGCUGGCAUCAGUAGUUAUAUGAACACACUGUACAAAUCCAAUUAUCCCCAGAGAUGCACUGAUAAUAUAUUUCCAUAGCAAAUAAUCAAGCGAGGAUAUUGAACCCCCUAACAAAACAUUUUGUAAAAUGCUUAUGCUGUGAUUGCACUCUGUAAAUGAACACAUCUCAGUGUCAGUCCUGUCACUCAACCCUUACUGGGGGCUGUUUUUUUGUAAUGUUUUAUUUCACUUUCUUUGGGAUUAACUCGUCCUUUGAUGGACUUGUUGUUCCCUCAAGUAUUACUUUUGAGAAAUAUUCACAACAUUUCUAAUGUGGUAGAUGUUGUUGUCAUUUGUACUUUAAAUGUAAGUGGAUUUGAUAAAUAUGGAGAAUGCAGAUGUACUGUAUGCAAAUACGUGUUAUAAAAAUGUGAAAUCUUCAGGGUUUAACUGUGUGUUUAGACUUGUUUUCUGGAACACAAAGUGCAUUACAAAUGGAAGAAUAUUACCAGCAUGUUGUAUUACAAAUAAGAAAGAAAAGAAAAUCAAGGUUUAGUCCAAUAGAUAGAUCAAUUUUAUGGAUUUCUUCCAGGUUUGCCUGAAAAUCAAUUGCUCAAAUGAAUGACUGUAAAAAGUAAAAAAUAAAGCAAAUAAUA